UCUGCCUUUUCCUGAGCGCCCGAUCCCCGGACUCUGAUAGGCUGCCGGGAGUCACGUGUGAGAGCCCCCAGCUUUGCAGCAGACUGUGCUCCGCAGAACAUAGUGCAGCCCGGGACCGGAGAGCUGCGGAGUCCGGUGCGAGCCUCGGCGCUAGGACACAAGCCUUCCACCGGGAUUACCGGAGCCUCCGCUGUGCCAGGAGUUACACCAGCAGCCGGACACUGCCCGGGCUCUUCUCGGUGAAGCUCCACCUUCAUCCCAAGUGCUAUGUCUGCUAAAGCCACCAUCAGCAAGGAGGUCUUUUCUCCCCAAGAUGAGCGUAUGCUGGGUGCUGUGCUUGUGAAGCGAAGGACCAAGAAAAAAAUUCCAUUCCUAGCAACAGGAGGACAAGGAGAAUACCGAACAUACAUCUGCUUAUCAGUCACAAAUAAAAGGCCAUCACAAGUCUACAUCACCAAGGUGAAACAGUUUGAGGGCUCAUCUUGUUUUGUGAGAAGAACUCAGUGGAGUCUAGAUCAGCUGAGACAAGUCAAUGGAAUGGACCCUAAUCGGGAGUCUCCAGAAUUUGAUCUUCAGUUCGACAACGCGUCUGACCAGUGGAUGGCAAGUUCCGGCUCAGAGAAAUUUACUUUCUUCCAAAUCCUGCACCAUACAUGUCAGCGAUAUCUCUCUGACGGAAAGCCCGAGUUCAUCAACUGUCAAUCUAAACUUUUCUCAGGCAACAGUAUACUACACUCGGCUGCUGACAGUGUGACCAGUGCUGUACAGAAGGCUAGUCAAGCACUCAAUGAGCGUGGAGAGCGCCUCGGUCGUGCGGAAGAAUCGUCAGCGGAAAUGAUGAACAGUGCACAGCAGUUUGCAGACACUGCUCACAAGCUUGCUAUGAAACAUAAAUGUUGACCUGGGAAGCAGUGUAUGUACCUCGCCCCUGCGGAACUGUAUAUGCAAAACCUCAGCACAAGUAAAAAAAAUCUUUGUUUUGAAUGGGAAUUGUAUUGACUUCUUGCCACACAGAUUGUGCUUCUCAGCACAAGUGGUGCCAAUGGAAUGGAGAAUUUGGGAAUAACCUGCAGGGUACAGCAGCUUCCACUACCAUGCUAGUAAUACAUGGGCAUCACCUGGACCGGCAUUCAGUUUUCAGAAGGCACGCUGCUUGAGAACUUUGGAAGUUUGUGAUUGAAGAUACAAAGCGUUUACCGUGAUUGCCAGCCAUCCAAAUACCUGCUCUGAUGUGAAUGUGCCCUACGCUACUGAUCAAGCUGGUGGCCUGUUAUGUAGGAGUUGGUGCUCUUUCAAGUCCUGGCAUGAGUGACUUCAUGUGAAAGACAUGUCUUUGUCAGAAGCCUUAGUGUCUAGUGGCAGUAUUACGCAGCU